AUGGAACUUCCUAAAGUUGAAGGACCUCACGAUGGGCGGGAUAUCUCAUAUAACUAUUUCUACAAGCAAUGCGAAGACUUAAACGAAAUUGAAGAAGGGAUCCCUGUCUCCUCUUUUACCAACCUUUCCAAAAUGCGAAAUAAAGAUCUUGAAUUCAGGUUAAUGCGAAAAAUCACCGAAACCAAGAAGCAUAUGGAGUUUUUAGUCCAAAAUACUCCAAAGCUUCAAGGCUUAAACAGAUAUUCAGAUAUCCUUCCUUUCCAGGACACAAUUGUUUCACUAGAAAGUGGCGAUUAUAUCAAUGCUGACUGGAUAAAACAUCCUAUGCCAGACCAUAAGCUUUUUAUAGCAACACAAGGCCCUCUAGAAUCCACAAGGGAUUCUUUUUGGCGAAUGAUAUGGGAAUAUAAUGUAAGUCUUAUCGUAAUGAUAUCAGCCAUAAGAGAAGCUGGAAAAGUUAAAUGUGACCAAUAUUUCCCCAUAGGAGACUCUAUAGAGCUACCGAAUUUUGUGAUAACUCUUGUAAGCUCAGAAACUCCUUUUCCUUCUAUAACCGCUCGGGUUUUCCAAAUCACCCACAAAGCGACGAUGGAGACCAGGACAGUGUCUCAUUUACAAUCAGUUGCAUGGCCAGACCAUGGGACACCUGAGCUUGAAGAUGAAUUUGACUCCAUUGAUUACCUUUUAAACUCCUUAGAAUCUCAUAAAGAAAAGCAUGUCGUUAUCCAUUGCAGCGCUGGGAUUGGUAGGACAGGCACUCUUAUAGCUCUUUUCCAAAUGGUCCAGACCAUCAAACUUAUGAAAGAAGAUGCAAGAAUCAGCGUCUUCGGCACAGUCAGAAGACUCCGUGAGCAGCGCUGGGGAAUGGUCCAAACCAAAGACCAAUACGACUUUUUGUAUAGAUUUAUGGACGAGUGGAUCAAUAAAUAUCAUAAUUAG